AUGAAGCUGGCAUACCUUCUCCUUGGCCCCAUGGCCCUCCUCCUCCUGGCUGGCUGCUGCUGUGUUCUCAGCACCACCAGCGGGAACCUGCACACCUUCGUGGGCUGUGCCGUGAGGGAGUUCACCUUCCUGGCCAAGAAGCCAGGCUGCAGGGGCCUUCGGAUCACCACUGAUGCCUGCUGGGGCCGCUGUGAGACCUGGGAGAAGCCCAUUCUGGAGCCCCCCUACAUCGAAGCCCACCAUCGAGUUUGUACCUACAACGAGACCAAACAGGUGACCGUCAAGCUGCCCAACUGUGCCCCCGGAGUCGACCCUUUCUACACCUACCCCGUGGCUGUCCGCUGUGACUGCGGGGCUUGCUCCACGGCCACCACUGAGUGUGAGACCAUCUGA